CUCUUUUACUCUACAGUUAAAAUUCACCGGAAGUUAUAUAUUUUCGCACUCCAUUACUAUUGUUGUCAUCUGUAAGUUUAUAAAAAUUCUCAGCGACAGUAUAUAUUUUUUUGAAUUGAAAUAAUUAUCAUGGCUAAUAAAAUUAAAGCGGUAUUUAUAGAUUUAAGUGGUACAAUCCACAUUGACAAUAACAUUAUUCCCGGUGCUAUUGAAGCGUUAAAAAAGUUGAGAAGUACUAAUGCAAAAAUUAAGUUUGUUACAAAUACAACAAAAGAAUCAAAAUCAUCUUUACAUAAUCGUUUAAUUAAUCUGGGUUUUGAUAUAAAGAAAGAUGAAAUAUUCAGCUCCCUCGCUGCUGCAAGAGAACUUGUUAUUGCCAAAAGACUAAACCCAUUUUUAAUAAUUGACCUAGCGGCAAUGGAAGAUUUUGAAGAUUUAAUUAAAACUAAUGAAGAAUUUAAUGCCGUAGUGGUUGGACUAGCGCCGGAUAAAUUUAACUAUGAAAAAUUAAACGAAGCUUUUCGACUAUUAAUGAAAGGAGCUUCUUUAAUUGCAAUUCAUGAGGGCCGCUAUUAUAAACGCCCAGAUGGUUUAGCUCUUGGGCCUGGUGGAUUUAUUAAGCUGCUUGAAUACUCAGCUAAUGUCAAAGCAGAAGUAGUUGGCAAACCGACAGAAAAAUUUUUCACAACUGCUUUAGAUGGAAUUAGUCCAAGCGAAGCAGUAAUGAUUGGUGAUGAUGUCAGAGAUGACGUAGGUGGAGCACAAGCUGUUGGAAUUCGAGGUAUCCUUGUAAAAACUGGAAAAUAUCGUCCUGACGAUGAAAAAUUAAUAACACCACCACCAACAAAAGUUGUUUCAUCGUUUGUUCAAGCUGUCGACGAAAUUAUGAAUAAUAUGAGUUAGAAGACUAUUUAAGAUCAAUUUAAUGUAAUUAUAACUAUCUAAGUCAAGUAUUGAAGAUAUUUACUUAAUAAAUUAAAUAUUUUAUUUAAAUGUUAA